AGUCGUGGAUCAUUGUGUCUGUUCGUCUGUUCAAACAAACAGCCUAAUAGUUGUCAACAUUUGUAAACGAGGGGAAACUGUUCUUGCGCAUUUGCCAGUAAAUUUUUCGUCCCUUCUCUGACUCAGUAACAAGAUUUCACCAUGGGAAAUGAUGGUGGUACCAUCCCUCGAAGAGACGAGUUGGUGCGAAUGAAGAAGAAAAAAGAAAAGAAAGAUAAAGAUUCUGAGCUUUCAUUUCGGUGGCGCCACUGCAAUAUUACACAAGAACCUCUAGAAGAACCUAUAACAGCCUGCGGUCUCGGUAGACUCUAUAAAAAGCAGGCUGUUAUUGAAGCGUUACUAGAUCGCAGCAUACUUCCACCCUCAGCAAGUCAUAUUAAAAGCAUUAAGGAUGUGCGUGACCUACGCCUCACACCAAACCCUUCUUUUAAGGCUGGUGCUGAGAAGGCUGGCUAUGUUGAUCGAGCCACUUCUCCCUACAUUUGCCCUCUUACUGGUCUUGAAGUGACUGGCAGAUUCCGGUUUGUCUUUUUGUGGACUUGUGGCUGUGUUUUUGCUGAACGGGCCAUGAAAGAAAUUAAGGAAAGGAGUUGCCUGAAAUGUCAGACACCUUUUAAGGAGGAAGACAUAGUCAUCCUUAAUGGGUCUGAUGAAGAAAUUGAUGGUCUCCGUGUGCGCAUGGAAGCUAGACAAGCUCGGUUAAAAGCUGAUAAAAAGGCUAAGUCUGAGGCAAAAAAGAGGAGCAAAACUGCAUCCGAACAAUUGGUAUCGGUAGAGUCGAGUGCUACUACAGUCUCUGUUGAGACAGUUUCUGAUGUCGCACUUCCACAAGUUCCUCAGAAUGAAACUGUAAAGCUACCUUCCAAAUCGAAGCUAACACCAAGUGCUGCUAGCUCAUCCAAACUCCUUGUUGGAGGUAGUUUCAAGUCAAAUCCAGGAGAUAAGCGUGCAGCUACAGACAAAAUGAAUGACCCAGCAUUCAAGAAGUCUAGAGAAUCCUACCAAGUGGCUGCUGAUCCAAGAGCAUCAGAAGUGUUCAAAUCUCUCUUCACCUCUCAUAAAAGCCAUGAGAAGCAAACUCGGGCCCAUUGGGUAACAUACAAUCCAUUUUACAAUUGAAGCAAAAUUACUAUCUGUAUAUAAACAUUUAACUGUGGAUAAAGAAAUAAGAAACUAAACUUUUAUAAAAGAAAUAUUACAACUUGUGGAGAAUAAAUGAUUCCAAUCUAAGGAAAAACAAAAUAGAA